GUAAAUAUCAGGAAGUCGUUCCUCAACACACAUCUUGAACAUGUUGUUCGUUCUGGCCGUUACUAGUUCAAAGCGUGGGAAAGCAAACCGUCUAUCUGCGGUGAAUAACCUUCUCAAUGUUCAGCGCCCAGUCUUUGAUUUCGCGCAUUCCAAAGCGUGCUUUGGUCACUCGUUUUCCCGUCCAUUCAAGCCAUUUCCGUGGCUGCACUGCAGUGCCACAACGCCAAGCUCAUCAGUUUCGCAACAUGUCUCACUCCCAGAACCCCCAAGAUGAACAAGCCCAAAAAGGGUCAAAAUUCUCCCACCUCCCCCUAAGCACAAGCGGCCCCUUAGAAUGCGCUCUGAAAGGCACCGUGCUGCUCAACCACCCUUACUUCAACAAGGGAUCCGCCUUCACAAAGGAAGAGCGUCGCGACUUUGCCCUUCAUGGCUUGCUACCGCCACGGAUCCAGUCCCUGGAACAGCAGGUCCAAAGGGCAUAUGAGCAGUAUUGCAGUCAACCCAAUGAUCUGGCCAAGAAUACAUUCAUGACUUCGAUGAAGGAGCAGAAUGAGGUGUUGUUCUAUAGGCUUUUGCAUGAUCAUCUUGAUGAGAUGUUUAGUGUAGUCUACACACCGACAGAGGGAGAAGCCAUUCAGAACUACUCCAGAUUAUUCAGGAGACCCGAAGGAGUGUUCCUCAACAUCAAUGAUAUGGACUCCGUAAAGCGUGAUUUGGCACAGUGGGGAAAGCCUGAAGAUAUCGACUACAUCGUGGUAACAGACGGCGAGGAGAUUCUGGGCAUCGGUGACCAAGGGUGUGGUGGCAUCCUUAUCUCCAUCGCCAAGUUGGUACUGAUGACCAUUUGCGGUGGCAUUCAUCCAAACCGUGUGCUCCCGGUCGUCUUGGACUGCGGCACCAAUAACGAGGAGCUCUUGAAGGACGAUCUUUACCUUGGCCUCCGGCAGAAGCGUGUCCGCGGUGAAAAGUACGACGAGUUUGUUGAGACCUUCAUCAAGGCUGCGCGUGAACUCUACCCCAGAGCGUACAUCCAUUUUGAAGACUUUGGCCUUGACAAUGCACGUCGUCUUCUGGAGAGAUAUCGGCCGCAGAUCCCCUGUUUCAAUGACGAUGUUCAAGGAACGGGGUGUGUGACUUUGGCUGCCAUCAUGGCAGGUUUACACAUCUCAAAGCAGAAGCUAAGCGACAUCCGGAUGGUGGUCUUUGGUGCUGGUACGGCAGGUGUUGGUAUCGCGGACCAUGUUCGCGAUGCUAUUGCCGCAGAUGCAGACAUCAGUCCCGAGGAGGCUGGCAACCAAAUUUGGCUCAUCGAUAAACCCGGACUACUCACCACCAAGUCAGAAUCACUGUCAGAUGCUCAGAAAAAGUAUGCCAAGUCGCACGACGACUGGGCCGACAAGAAGACCGACCUCCUAGCUGUGAUCAAGGAGGUCAAGCCGCAUAUUCUAGUCGGCACAUCCACAAAACCGAAAUCGUUCACGGAAGAGGUCGUCCGUGAGAUGGCAAAGCAUGUUGAGCGCCCCAUUAUCCUACCCUUGUCAAAUCCAACCAAGCUCCACGAGGCCGUGCCUGAGGGCCUCCUCAACUGGACAGACGGCAAGGCUCUCGUCGCUACAGGCAGUCCGUUCGACCCAGUCAAGGGCCCCUGGGGUAAGGAUGGCAAGGAGAUUGAGAUCGAUGUGGCUGAGUGCAACAACAGCGUCGUGUUCCCGGGUAUCGGUCUCGGCUCUGUGCUGUCGCGGGCCAACCGUGUAACUGACAAGAUGUUGAUGGCGGCAUCGAAGGGCGUGGCUGAGAUGGGCCCAGCGCUGAAAGAUGAUACAGCGCCGCUGCUUCCCGGUGUCGAUGUCGUGCGCGAUGUAAGUGUGCGCGUGGCUCGGAAAGUCAUAUUGGCGGCCGUGGAGGAGGGUGUAAUCGAGGAGAAAGAUGUGCCAACCAAGGAGGAGGACCUUGAUGAAUGGAUCAGGGAGCAGAUGUGGGAUCCGGUGUAUAGGCCGCUGAAGUAUGUUGAGGGCAACAAGGCUAGUCGAGGAGCAAAGGGCGACUUGCGCGUGCUGGGUAACCCGAAUGAUGUCGAGUGAGGAUUGACAUUGGAGUGUUCGUGGUACCUCUACGGCCGUCGGAAUGUCUUGGCGUGGUUAUAGCUGGACGUCAUGGCGCGCGGUUGACAUUGAUUGGUGCGCGACUUGGCGAUUUUUGACUCGAUUGGCGCACAGUUUUGCUGUAUGAUACCAUCACGUAGAGCUUGUUCUGUCCUUUUCUUGAGUUUAUUGACUGAUGAUUUCUUUCUG